AUGUGUCGUUGGUUUGCUUAUAUUGGUGAAGAGCCAUCUCUUCUUGAAGAUAUUCUUAUCAAUCCAAAACAUUCCAUCAUCAGACAAAUUGAUAAACAUUUUCUUCCAAAUCUUCAUAAGACCUACGAUCCUCGUCUUAAUCAACCCGAACAUAGUUCAGAUACCGCAUCUGAUGAAGCUCCGAUAGAUUUUUUAACCAGCAUUGACGGAUUUGGCGUAGGUUAUUAUACAGGUGUUUCUGUUGAUUUCAAUAGUGAUCAUGUCAGUAGACCAUGUAUCUUUAAGAGUACUCGACCACCAUUAAACGAUCGCAAUUUGAUCUCUUUAUGUGCUAAUACAUCAUCAAAAUGUAUAUUCUCACAUAUUCGUGCUGGUACUGGUCGAACUCCAACAGUUGAAACAAACAAUCAUCCAUUCGGUUUUGGUCGAUAUAUGUUUAUGCACAAUGGAGACGUAGCGAAUUUUCGAAAACUCAAAUUGGCUCUAUUAACAAAAUUAUCUGAAAAAGCCUGCGAAAAUAUAUUUGGAACAACAGAUACAGAACAUGCUGCUGCACUUUUCUUUACACAUUUAGGUAACGAUUGGGAUACAGAAUUACCUAUGGAAAAUUGGAAAAAAGCUAUGAUAGAGACUCUUCAAGAUAUACUUAGUUUGGUUAAAGAAAGUGCCAAAGACAUGAACGAAGCAGUUUCAUGUAGUUUUCUUAAUUUUGCUGUGACAGAUAGUUGUCGAUUACUUGCUACUAGAUUUUCAUCAGUGGAAGGUGUUGAUCCUCCUUCUUUAUAUUAUUCGACUACAGCUGGACCUACUCUUAAUCGAAAAUUUCCAGAUAGUCCUGAUGGAAAAUCAGUUCACAAGAUACUAGCACGAUUUAUUCGUCAACACGGAAAACAUGUUAUUGUAGCAAGUGAACCGAACACAUACAAGGUGGAGGAAUGGCAUCUUAUACCAGCGAAUUCGUUGGUUUUAGUCGAUAAAGACUUGAGUGUUACAAUUGAAAAAAUUGACCUAUGA